CCGGUGAGAAACAUUCGGGUCUGUGGUGGGUCUCCAGUGCGGGAUAACACUGGUCUCCGUCGAGCUCGGGGUCACUCGGCGGGGGGGUUUCGGCCAGGCCCAUGAUGCCGCGGUGGUCGGAUGAUGGAGUUUUGACCUUCCCCUAUUUCCCCUUCUCUUUUGCUCUUCUCUUUGCUCUUCUCUUUGCUCUUCUCUUUGCUCUUCUCUUUUCUCUUCUCUUUCCCCUUCUCUUUCCCCUUAAAAAAACUUUGGUUGCAGCUAAAUCAUUCGCAGGCCUACACCCAGUCCACGUGAUCCUCAUAUUAUCACUGAGACCUGGAAGAAACAAGACCAGUUCACAAUCCACAACCUUUUUUUAUGUGGCAUUCGUGAUCUGGCAAAUAUUUUUGGAACUCUUUUUUUUUUUUUUUUUCAUUGCAAAACUCUAGCUUGCUAGGGGUGCGAAGAAGAAAUCCAGGGGCUCAUGAGUUUUUUUACUCAAGCCUUCUCAAGUAGUAUCGCGUUUUUUAGUGUUACAAACCAACAGCCGAGGAGAUCACGUUCAGGCCUGGAGCGGGGUCUCAAUAUCCCUUGGUACGGAUAAAUCUCGGAAUAACCUCAUGGAGGGUAGUGAUCUGGG